GCGGCGAGGCCGAGGCGCUCGGGGCCCGUUUCAAACCGGCGGUCGCUGGGCCGCGGCCCGGCACGAGAUGGCGGAGAGCGACAGGGCGGAGGCGGCCGCGCCGCGCCGAGCCGAGGAGGCGGCCGGCCAAGCGCCACAGCCGCCGCCGCAGCAACAGCAGCAGCCGGCACCGCAACAACAGACGCCGCAACAGCCGCCGCAGGAUGAGGAGGCGGCGGCGGCGGCGGCGGCCGCAGCACCCGGUAGCGGCGCGGGCAGCGCAAAUGGCGUCAAAAUGGAUAAUGAUGAGACAGCAAAAGAAGGGAAAGCGCCUGUGAAAGAGAAGUUCGUUGCAAAAGCGAAGGCAAUCCCUUCUCUUGGAAACAAGAAUAGAUUCCACCCCUAUGCAAAGGAGAAGAAUGCAGGCUCUGGGGACAAGAAGGCUGUUAAUCGCAAUAGAGUUUUUAUUAGCAACAUCCCGUAUGACAUGAAAUGGCAAGCUAUUAAAGACCUGAUGAGAGAGAAAGUUGGUGAGGUUACAUACGUGGAGCUGUUUAAGGAUGCUGAAGGAAAAUCAAGGGGUUGUGGUGUGGUCGAAUUCAAAGAUGAAGAAUUUGUUAAGAAGGCAUUAGACACUAUGAACAAAUAUGAUCUUAGUGGAAGACCCCUGAAUAUUAAAGAGGAUCCUGAAGGGGAACAUGCUCGUAGAGCACUACAGCGUGGAGGAGGGCAGUUUCCAGGAGGACACGGACCUGAUGCGGCGCCUGGAAUGAUGAAUUUACCACCUUCUAUUCUCAAUAAUCCAAACAUUCCUCCUGAGGUUAUCAGUAAUUUGCAGGCAGGCAGGCUUGGAUCCACGAUUUUUGUUGCCAAUCUUGACUUCAAAGUUGGCUGGAAGAAACUGAAGGAGGUCUUCAGCAUUGCUGGAACUGUGAAGCGUGCAGACAUCAAAGAAGAUAAAGAUGGCAAGAGUCGAGGAAUGGGAACAGUUACUUUUGAACAAGCAAUUGAAGCUGUUCAAGCGAUAUCUAUGUUCAAUGGACAAUUCCUGUUUGACAGACCCAUGCAUGUAAAAAUGGAUGACAAAUCAGUUCCUCAUGAAGACUUCCGUGUUGUGGACAGCAAAAGUUCACAAUUACCUCGUGGUCUUGGUGGCAUUGGUAUGGGACUUGGACCAGGUGGACAGCCCAUCAGUGCAACACAGCUGAGCAUGGGUGGUGGAAUGGGGAGCAUGGGUCCAGGAGGUAUGGGAAUAGACGGCCCAGGAUUUGGUGGAAUGAGUAGAAUGGGAGGCGGACUUCCUGGAUUUCGUGGAAUGGAAGGAAUGCCUAACAUGGGAGGAUUUGGAGUCAACCGAAUGGGAGGUAAAAUGUUCCGUGGUGGAAUGGGAGCAAACAUGGAAAGAGAAUUUGGUCGUGGUGACAUGGCAUUGAACCGUGGUUUUGGAGAGUCUUUUGGAAGGAUGGGUGGUGCAAUGAUUGGUGUUUUUGCAGGAGGAAUGGGAGCACCUAGCAUGGGCCCAGUAAGAUCUGGAAUGAGUGGUGGAAUGGGUGGUAUGAACAAUAUGGCUGGAGGAAUGGGAAUGGAUCGGAUGGGCUCCGGUUUUGAUCGAAUGGGACCGGCCAUGGGUGGAGGCCUGGACAGGAACAUGGACAUCGAUCGAGGAUUUGUGCCUGGCCCGAUGGGAGGUGGCAUGAGAGAGAGAUUAGGCUCUAAAGGCAACCAGAUAUUUGUGAGAAAUCUUCCUUUUGACUUGACCUGGCAGAAGCUAAAGGAGAAAUUCAGUCAAUGUGGUCAUGUAAUGUUUGCAGAAAUAAAAAUGGAGAAUGGAAAAUCAAAGGGCUGUGGAACAGUCAGAUUUGACUCACCAGAAUCUGCUGAAAAGGCCUGUAGGAUAAUGAACGGCAUAAAAAUCAGUGGCAGAGAAAUUGAUGUCCGCUUGGAUCGCAAUGCGUAAUUUAAAACUGUGUGUUCAGGAACAUUCCUAUGUCUGUUUAGCUUCUCUAUCUUAGUAAGUCAUUUUUAGUAACAUUGUAUGCUUACAAAAGCUGUAAAAAGGAACUUUUAAAUCCCACCAGCCUUUAACAGUAUAGUGUUUAAUAUACUGUGAUACUUGUUAACUGAAUCUUACUAUGUUUGGUUUUUAAAGACAAUUUGCCUGAUUUUUGUUGUUUUUUUAGAGGCACUGAGCACCUGCAGGUCCCUACAGACUGUGGAUGCUUUGGAUGCUCAGUGUCUUUGGAAAAUUAGGCCAAGUGUCUCUAGUCAUUCAGUUUAAAUGAAUGGUUAUACUGUUUUUAAUAAAAUAAGCCAUUUUCUCUGUUAAUCUCCAGAUUGCAUAGUGGGAUUUAUUUAGUGUUUUCUGACCUUUUUUUUUUCCCCUCCAAUGUGUAUCAACAUUGUAAUGUAAAAAGUAGAUGUCUUUUUCAGAAUUUUGGUUUUAUAUGCGUGUUGUAGUCAUACUGUAAUUCUUGACUCUAAAAGAAAGGGCUCCAAUUAGGCUGUGAUGUUUUUGUUCUACUUAAUAUUACUUUAAUGACAUGAUUUAGUUCUGUAUAUAAGAUUUAGAGCCCAAUGGGAGUUUGGAGUUGGUUUUUUUAAAUUUUAUUUUGACUAAAUGAAGAAACUGAUCUUUUUUUCCUGCUUUUAUUUUUUUCAUCAGCAUAAUCACUGAUUAAAACUAGUUACCACAGACCCUUGUAGGAUUGUUUCCUAUGAUGCCAAGUUCAUAUAAAAUUGAUAAUACAGUAAAUACUAAGUACAGGACAAAACAAAUAGUUCCCAAUUUUUUAUCUAUUUUCCAGCCAUUUAGGUGAACUGCCAGAAAAAUAAAACCAACAGAACAGAUAAGAGAAAUGGCUGUGUAUGUCAGACCACUGCUGUUCACUUCUAUGGGUCCCGAUGUAUUUAUGAAGGCAGUUUUUAUAAACCAGGGUAUUCCCAAGCAGAGCAUGUCAAAUACAUUGGAUCCUACAAUGUUAGACAUAGCCAUAUCUCCAUUUCCUGUAAAGGAACAAAUACAAAUAAGUUGGCUUAAUUGUAUUGCAUGAAAUUGCCAAACUGUUUUGGAGGAACAGACUGCCAGCCCUCAGUUUCUCACAGAACACCCUUUCCAGAUUUUGCAUCAGAAGAACUAUAGUUAUGAUUCUACAGAACAUGGGUACCACAACCAUAAAAAGUCUCCCUAAAUCACCAGCAUCUGCACAGUUGCACUUAAAAUUAAGCUAGACAGGCUAUUAUAAAGUCCAGUUAUGAUUAAAAUACCGAGACCUACAGUUGCAUUCUGCAGUAAAACUGUAAUACUUAAUCAACAACAAAUAAACCAAUCUCAAAUACUUCUCUAAGAUACUGUGAGAAGUUUUUAAAUGUCUGAGCCACAGCUUUUUCAGGUAAGCUAUUUAUUUAUUUUUAGUAAACUUAAGCUCUAGAAUCUGGAGCAGAAAUUUUGAGGUAACUCCUUGAAUUUAUCAAAAUAUUGACUAGAAUUCUUUUUUUUGUAGUACCUUUUAAACACAUCCAUUGGCAUGAGCCUAAAUACUAAAAUCUUUACCUUUUCGAGCCACCAGCACACUUGCAACUGUAUCUGGCACACUUGUUCCUGCUGCAAGUAAUGUGAGACCCAUUACUGACUCUGGGAUACCCAGUGUUUCACCUGCAGUUGAGAAAUAACAGUAGAAAAUACAAGUGUGAUUUUAGUUUGGGUUCAUCCAAAGAAAGUGCUUUGGACUUUGUUUGCUGGAGAAAAAAUCAGUAAUCAUACAGUAAUUUCAAAUGAAAUGUGUGAGCUAACUUAACUACAUGUGAGGUGACUGAACCACAAAGCAGUUAAAACAGAGUAACAACAAAUAUCCUUUCCUUGUUCUUCAAGUCUGCAGUGGUCAAGACAACAGCAAUUAUGAUUUUUUUCUUGCAGAUAAGGUAAAAGUUUUAAUAUCUAUCAAAUGACUACUCUUUUUUUCAGUUUUGCGCAUGUCCUUGUUAAUGUUCAAAAGUCUCAUGAAGCAAUAACUCUUAGGAUCAUUCUUUUUAAUCCCCUUGGGGGAGGGGAAAAAGCACAUUAAUUUUCUUGGGGAGGACAGUCAUUAAGAUGUUAUAAGAGUACUGUCUCAACUACAUGUCUUUACCAUUUCAUUCCAUUUAGAAAGUGAUUUGGAAGAAUCAAAGUACAGGAUUUUUAUAUGACUUGUAAGUAGUACAAGUAACCCCUUAGAAGUACGAGUUCCUUUAGGGAAAUAUUUGUUUAAAUUAAAAAAAAAAAAAAAGUUUUAAGUUGUUAUUAGAAAGGCAGCUUGUUUUUCCUAAUCUUUGUUUUUCUUAGCCCCAAAUGUUCUGUAACCAUAUUAAUUUCUAACAUAAAAUACAGGGAUUCUUCAAAACCGUUUUAGCAGUUGUACCAUUCAGAAGCAUCAGUAUGCUAAAGUACUUGAUAUCUCUAGUCAAGCUACAAAUAAAUUAAUUUUUCUUAAA